AUGGAAAUUUCACAUGAUGCUCCUAUUGUUGCUGAUCCUAGGGAGGUUUACGAAUCUCCCUGUUUCUGCCACGUGAAUGAAUAUGACGCAACACAGAAUGCAACUGUUACCAUGAGACUAAAAGAUAUUACAGCAGAAGAAUGUGAGGUAAAAGGAGGAGAAGCUGUCGGACUUCAAUGUCAUUUCAAGCCAGAUGUCUACAUGUUAUCCGUACUUUUGACAUUCGGCACAUUCGCUUUGGCAUACGGCUUGAAUCGUUUUCGAAAUUCAAAGUAUUUCUUGUCAGCAGUGAGUUCUCAUUUUUUUUUGCUAGAAUGCAUCAGCAAAUAUAAGCAUAAAAUUUUAUAUUCCAAUGAUAAUUUCUGAGA